ACUUCUGCAACAAAGUCAAAGAUUCUUCUCUGAACAUCAUUUCUGAGAGAACUGAAUGUCUCCAGCAGCUUCAAGGUGAGAAAAAAGGGUGGUCCUGGUGAAAUACAUUUCUGAUAACAAGUACAUAACAUCUCACUCUCUCUCUCAUUGGUUUCUCUGUGAGUUCCUCAUUUUUUAGUCAGUUCUUAAACACUUCAAAGUGUAACCUCCCUUUCUGAGGAAGCUGGCUUUUCUACAGACCUCAUGAAAAUAUUUACAAGCUUGAAGUCAAAGAAAAAGGUCAAACAGUUCCACUGGAAGAGGUGUCCAGUGUGAACCGUGGAAAGUCAAUAUGCUGCAGACUAUAGAGGCUCUGAGAGGAUCCUGUGUGACCAUCCCCUGCUCCUUUACUAUAGAUAGAACAUAUAAACUAAUUUAGAUCAGAAAUGUAAAGCAGUGUGGAAGAAGAGAAGUAAUGAUGAAGUUGUGUUUGAUAGUAAAACUAAAACAAAUGGAGAAUUAAUUGGAAAACUGACAGACAGAGACUGCACCACAACCCUGAACAACAUGGUUUCUGAUAAUACAUAUUUAUUCAGACUGGAAUGUGAAAAUGCCUUGAAAUGGGACUUCAGUAAUGACUUAAUCAAUAUAGUGACCAAAGCUGAUCCUCCAUCACCCACUCUGACUCCGUCCACACUGGAGGUGGAAGGAGGGAACCUCAGUGAGUGUGACGUGCUCUGCUCCAGCUCCCUGUCUGUCUCAUCCUCCAACUCUGACAUGGAGCCCCAGACUGGGUGACAGUCAGGAGACACUGCAGGAGAAUCAGGACAAAACUAAAGUCCAGACCUCUGUUCUGACCUUCACUGCUUCUCAGCUCCAUCAUGGACAGAAAAUCUCCUGCACUGCUCUCUACAGGAAACAAGAUGGCAGCCCUGAUGCAUCUGUUACCACAAGUUUAACAGCUGAUGUUUCCUGUGUCCAGUGUGAACCGUGGAGAGUCAAUAUGCUGCAGACUAUAGAGGUUCUGAGAGGAUCCUGUGUGACCAUUCCCUGCUCCUUUCACAUAGAUAGAACAUAUAAGACGUAUUUAGAUCAGACAUGUAAAGCAAUGUGGAAGAAGAGAAGUAAUAAUGAAGUUGUGUUUGAUAGUAAAACUAGAACAAAUGGAGAAUUGAUUGGAGCACUGACAGACAAAGACUGCACCACAACCCUGAACAACAUGGUUUCUGAUGACACAUAUUUAUUCAGACUGGAAUGUGAAAAUGUCUUGAAAUGGGACUUCAAUAAUGACUUAAUCAAUAUAGUGACCAAAGCUGAUCCUCCAUCACCCACUCUGACUCCGUCCACACUGGAGGUGGAGGAGGGAACCUCAGUGAGUGUGACGUGCUCUGCUCCAGCUCCCUGUCUGUCUCAUCCUCCAACUCUGACAUGGAGCCCCAGACUGGGUGACAGUCAGGAGACACUGCAGGAGAAUCAGGACAAAACUAAAGUCCAGACCUCUGUUCUGACCUUCACUGCUUCUCACCUCCAUCAUGGAUGGAAAAUCUCCUGCACUGCUCUCUACAGGAAACAAGAUGGCAGCAAUCAAUCAAGCAGCAGUAAAACUUCAGCACUUACUGUUUCAUAUCCACCUAAAGACACCACAGUGUCCGUCAGUCCCUCUGGUCCAGUACCAGAGAACAUAAAUAUGACUCUGACCUGCAGUAGUACUGCCAACCCAGCAGUAAGGAGCUACACCUGGUACACAACUGAUGGAGACCAGGAGACAUUCAUUGGGACUGGAAACAUUUUAAAGAUUGAAGCCUCUAAAGUCAACAGUCCUUUUUUCUGCAAAACUGAGAAUGAUCUUGGAGUUGGACGAUCCACCAACACACAAAUAGAUGUUCAGUAUCCACCUAAAGACACCACAGUGUCCGUCAGUCCCUCUGGUCCAGUACCAGAGAACAGAAAUGUGACUCUGACCUGUAGUAGUACUGCCAAUCCAGCAGUAAGGAGCUACACCUGGUACAGAAAUGAUGGAGACCAGGAGACUUUCAUUGGGACUGGACACAUUUUAAAGAUUGGAGCCUCUAAAGUCAGCAGUCCUUUUUUCUGCAAAACUGAGAAUGAUCUUGGAGUUGGACGAUCCACCAACACACAAAUAGAUGUUCAGUAUCCACCUAAAGACACCAUAUUGUCCGUUAGUCCCUCUGGUCCAGUACCAGAGAACAGAAAUGUGACUCUGACCUGCAGUAGUACUGCCAACCCAGCAGUAAGGAACUACACCUGGUACAGAACUGAUGGAGACCAGGAGACUUUCAUUGGGACUGGACACAUUUUAAAGAUUGAAGCCUCUAAAGUCAGCAGUCCUUUUUUCUGCAAAACUGAGAAUGAUCUUGGAGUUGGACGAUCCACCAACACACAAAUAGAUGUUGAGUAUCCACCUAAAGACACCACAGUGUCCGUCAGUCCCUCUGGUCCAGUACCAGAGAACAGAAAUGUGACUCUGACCUGUAGUAGUACUGCCAACCCAGCAGUAAGGAACUACACCUGGUACAGAACUGAUGGAGACCAGGGGACUUUUAUUGGGACUGGACACAUUUUAAUGAUUGAAGCCUCUAAAGUCAGCAGUCCUUUUUUCUGCAAAACUGAGAAUGAUCUUGGAGUUGGACGAUCCACCAACACACAAAUAGAUGUUCAGUAUCCACCUAAAGACACCACAGUGUCCGUCAGUCCCUCUGGUCCAGUACCAGAGAACAGAAAUGUGACUCUGACCUGCAGUAGUACUGCCAACCCAGCAGUAAGGAGCUACACCUGGUACAGAACUGAUGGAGACCAGGAGACUUUCAUUGGGACUGGAAACAUUUUAAAGAUUGAAGCCUCUAAAGUCAGCAGUCCUUUUUUCUGCAAAACUGAGAAUGAUCUUGGAGUUGGACGAUCCACCAACACACAAAUAGAUGUUCAGUAUCCACCUAAAGACACCACAGUGUCCGUCAGUCCCUCUGGUCCAGUACCAGAGAACAGAAAUGUGACUCUGACCUGUAGUAGUACUGCCAACCCAGCAGUAAGGAGCUACACCUGGUACAGAACUGAUGGAGACCAGGAGACUUUUAUUGGGACUGGACACAUUUUAAAGAUUGAAGCCUCUAAAGUCAGCAGUCCUUUUUUCUGCAAAACUGAGAAUGAUCUUGGAGUUGGACGAUCCACCAACACACAAAUAGAUGUUCAGUAUCCACCUAAAGACACCACAGUGUCCGUCAGUCCCUCUGGUCCAGUACCAGAGAACAGAAAUGUGACUCUGGCCUGUAGUAGUACUGCCAACCCAGCAGUAAGGAGCUACACCUGGUACAGAAAUGAUGGAGACCAGGAGACUUUCAUUGGGACUGGAAACAUUUUAAAGAUUGAAGCCUCUAAAGUCAACAGUCCUUUUAUCUGCAAAACUGAGAAUGAUCUUGGAGUUGGACGAUCCACCAACAUACAAAUAGAUGUUCAGUAUCCACCUAAAGACACCACAGUGUCCGUCAGUCCCUCUGGUCCAGUACCAGAGAACAGAAAUGUGACUCUGACCUGCAGUAGUACUGCCAACCCAGCAGCAAGGAGCUACACCUGGUACAGAACUGAUGGAGACCAGGAGACUUUCAUUGGGACUGGACACAUUUUAAAGAUUGAAGCCUCUAAAGUCAGCAGUCCUUUUUUCUGCAAAACUGAGAAUGAUCUUGGAGUUGGACGAUCCACCAACACACAAAUAGAUGUUCAGUAUCCACCUAAAGACACCACAGUGUCCGUCAGUCCCUCUGGUCCAGUACCAGAGAACAGAAAUGUGACUCUGACCUGUAGUAGUACUGCCAACCCAGCAGUAAGGAGCUACACCUGGUACAGAACUGAUGGAGACCAGGAGACUUUUAUUGGGACUGGACACAUUUUAAAGAUUGAAGCCUCUAAAGUCAGCAGUCCUUUUUUCUGCAAAACUGAGAAUGAUCUUGGAGUUGGACGAUCCACCAACACACAAAUAGAUGUUCAGUAUCCACCUAAAGACACCACAGUGUCCGUCAGUCCCUCUGGUCCAGUACCAGAGAACAGAAAUGUGACUCUGACCUGCAGUAGUACUGCCAACCCAACAGUAAGGAACUACACCUGGUACAGAACUGAUGGAGACCAGGAGACUUUCAUUGGGACUGGAAACAUUUUAAAGAUUGAAGCCUCUAAAGUCAACAGUCCUUUUUUCUGCAAAACUGAGAAUGAUCUUGGAGUUGGACGAUCCACCAACACACAAAUAGAUGUUCAGUAUCCACCUAAAGACACCACAGUGUCCGUCAGUCCCUCUGGUCCAGUACCAGAGAACAGAAAUGUGACUCUGACCUGUAGUAGUACUGCCAACCCAGCAGUAAGGAGCUACACCUGGUACAGAACUGAUGGAGACCAGGAGACUUUCAUUGGGACUGGAAACAUUUUAAAGAUUGAAGCCUCUAAAGUCAGCAGUCCUUUUUUCUGCAAAACUGAGAAUGAUCUUGGAGUUGGACGAUCCACCAACACACAAAUAGAUAUUCAGUAUCCACCUAAAGACACCACAGUGUCCGUCAGUCCCUCUGGUCCAGUACCAGAGAACAGAAAUGUGACUCUGACCUGCAGUAGUACUGCCAACCCAGCAGUAAGGAGCUACACCUGGUACAGAAAUGAUGGAGACCAGGAGACUUUCAUUGGGACUGGACACAUUUUAACAAUUGAAGCCUCUAAAGUCAGCAGUCCUUUUUUCUGCAAAACUGAGAAUGAUCUUGGAGUUGGACGAUCCACCAACACACAAAUAGAUGUUCAGUAUCCACCUAAAAACACCACAGUGUCCGUCAGUCCCUCUGGUCCAGUACCAGAGAACAGAAAUGUGACUCUGACCUGCAGUAGUACUGCCAACCCAGCAGUAAGGAACUACACCUGGUACAGAACUGAUGGAGACCAGGAGACUUUCAUUGGGACUGGACACAUUUUAACGAUUGAAGCCUCUAAAGUCAGCAGUCCUUUUUUCUGCAAAACUGAGAAUGAUCUUGGAGUUGGACGAUCCACCAACACACAAAUAGAUGUUCAGUAUCCACCUAAAGACACCACAGUGUCCGUCAGUCCCUCUGGUCCAGUACCAGAGAACAGAAAUGUGACUCUGACCUGCAGUAGUACUGCCAACCCAGCAGUAAGGAACUACACCUGGUACAGAACUGACAGAGACCAGGAAACUUUCAUUGGGACUGGACACAUUUUAAAGAUUGAAGCCUCUAAAGUCAGCAGUCCUUUUUUCUGCAAGGCUGAGAAUGAUCUUGGAGUUGGACGAUCCACCAACACACAAAUAGAUGUUCAGUAUCCACCUAAAGACACCACAGUGUCCGUCAGUCCCUCUGGUCCAGUACCAGAGAACAGAAAUGUGACUCUGACCUGCAGUAGUACUGCCAACCCAGCAGUAAGGAACUACACCUGGUACAGAACUGACAGAGACCAGGAGACUUUCAUUGGGACUGGAAACAUUUUAAAGAUUGAAGCCUCUAAAGUCAGCAGUCCUUUUUUCUGCAAAACUGAGAAUGAUCUUGGAGUUGGACAAUCCACCAACACACAAAUAGAUGUUCAGUAUCCACCUAAAAACACCACAGUGUCCGUCAGUCCCUCUGGUCCAGUACCAGAGAACAGAAAUGUGACUCUGACCUGCAGUAGUACUGCCAACCCAGCAGUAAGGAGCUACACCUGGUACAGAACUGAUGGAGACCAGGAGAAUUUCAUUGGGACUGGACACAUUUUAACGAUUGAAGCCUCUAAAGUCAGCAGUUCUUUUUUCUGCAAAACUGAGAAUGAUCUUGGAGUUGGACGAUCCACCAAAACACAAAUAGAUGUUCAGUAUCCACCUAAAGACACCACAGUGUCCGUCAGUCCCUCUGGUUCAGUACCAGAGAACAGAAAUGUGACUCUGACCUGCAGUAGUACUGCCAACCCAGCAGUAAGGAACUACACCUGGUACAGAACUGACAGAGACCAGGAGACUUUCAUUGGGACUGGACACAUAUUAAAGAUUGAAGCCUCUAAAGUCAGCAGUCCUUUUUUCUGCAAAACUGAGAAUGAUCUUGGAGUUGGACGAUCCACCAACACACAAAUAGAUGUUCAGUUUCCUCCACAGAUCCUGGCCUCAUCUCACUGCACCAAAACUGAAAGUCAGGUCAACUGUUCCUGUGAGACUGUGGGAAACCCUUCCCCUACUUUACACUGGUAUUUGGAUGGGAGACCUGUCAAUCAAUCUGGAGAGGUUUUAAUCAGCAGUGGGUCUCUAAAUGGCACAGGCCUGAGGAGCUUCAUCACCGUCAACAAACUAAAGGAGAGGAGUCUUUCCACCUUGUUCUGUCACAGCUUCAACUCUCUGGGAUCUGCCAGGCAGCAGUUUAAUGUGACUGAGGCUCAAAGCUCUACAGAAAGUCAAGGUCUUGGACAUUACUGUGGAGUUCUUCCUUGGGCUCUUGCUGGUGGAUUUUUCAGUUCCAGUGUCUUCUUUAUAAUCUGCACAAUAUUCCUUUGUAAAUCACGGAGGAACGUGGAGCCGAAUGCAGAGGACAGAACUUACAUGUCACUGGAUCGUAGAAACGUCACAGAGUCUUCAGAGUACGACGUCAUCACCCGAAGACCUAAAUGAGAAUAAUUAUCAGAAGCUUUACUGAAUGACUUCUUGUAUUUCUGCAGUGAUUAUAUCCAGUCAAAUGUUCCUCUUUCUGUCAGUUUGAUCUUUCCUGUAAUGUCUUAAAUAGCUACUGAGUGUCUAUUUGUCAGUUUGCUACAGGGGGUUGAGCAGCUCUUCAGUGUCAUUUAAACAAGUUCUCUCCUCUGGUUUUAACUUCAUCACAUGUUUACUGAUUUAUCUUUCUAGUAAUAUCUGAAGUGACUGUGGUUUUACUGGUAGUGAAGUGUAAAUGAUGUCCAUCUCACUUUAAGACGUCAACAUCUCCGGUCUCUACAGUAGGGUCACAUUAAUACUUUGGAUUGAUUUUGCUCUGCUUUAUGAACAGAAAGCUUAACUCUUUCUUGUUUUUGUCUUUGACUUUGAAUCAGUGUGAUUGUAAAUCUGCUUUUAUUUCUACAUUUGUACUUAAUGGUAAUAAAAUAAAAUUAAAUCUGAGCUCCAU